AUGACGCACCCGCUUACACGAAUCUUUUGGAACUGGCUGGUGAAACGAUUUCCGCUCUGGGUGGCACCAAACCUCAUAACGCUUUUUGGGCUGGUCAUCAACGUAGUGACGUCACUGCUCCUUCUGUAUCAUUCUCCUACAGCACGGGAAGAGGCCCCGGCGUGGGCGUAUCUGGCAUUCGCUAUUGGGAUUUUCGUUUAUCAAACUCUGGACGCCAUCGAUGGGAAACAGGCACGCCGAACGGGAAGCGGAACACCGCUUGGGUCCCUGUUUGACCACGGCUGUGACGCUAUAACUAAAGCUUUGACCAGAUCCGACCAAAAGAAAGAUGAGAGGGAAAAUGAGGAAGAGGAGAGGAGUAGGGAAGAAGCGUCAGAAGAUGACGCCACUGAGUACAGUCGAAGUGACCCUUCUCCUGGCCUUGCCUUCCUGUUCCCUGUUACCCUGGCUUUUGUGGCCUACAAGAUGUCCUCUGUGAGCCUGUACCAGACCCAUCCCUGUCUGUUCCUGUCCAUGGUCGGAAUAACGGUUGCAAAAAUCACCAUCAAACUUAUAAUCGCACAGAUGACGAAAAGUAACAUGACGAUAUUGGACUCGUCACUGAUUGGCCCAGGUUUGCUGCUCCUAGACCAAUGCCUCAACAGCUUCAUCAAUGAGUACAUCCUUUUGUGGUUGAGUUUGGUGUACGUGACCCUUGACCUGGCUACUUACAGUUCCGUGUUGUGUAUGCAAAUCUGCGACCACCUUGACAUCUACUGUUUUAGUAUCACGAGCAAGCCGUCACUCAAUGGACUGAAAUUAAGGAAGCUGUAA